AUGUCGGGGGUGGAGGUGAUCGCAGUCGUAGCCUGCGUAGCAGCCGUCGUAUCGGCCUACAACGAUGGCAGCCGCAUGUUCACAGCAAUCCGCAAAAAAUGGCACGAGCGCCGCCGCCAACCCGACCAGUCAACCCGGGAUCUGGAAUGGUCACUUGCACGAGGCCACCACGAGAUCCUAUCUCAGUAUAAUAGACACCACCAAGAACUAGGUCGACUAUACGCAGAAGGCGACUCGAUCGCUCGCGAACAGAUGAAGGAUAUCAUCAUCACACUUCAAGGUGCAUUGCUGAGACAUCUCCGCGAAGCACAGGAGCAAGGCUCCAGCUUAGAUCUGAUGGCGCUACAGAUGGAGUCUGAGCAAGGCCGUGUUCGGACCCUCGUUAUUCUGGGUGAUCUUUACCAGCGACUGGCACGGGCGUCGCCUAUUCCGCCUACCAUCUCGAUGACUGUUGAUCCUACGUAUGUGAGAAGUCAGUACAUGUAUGGGGCCUACCUUCCUAAUAACCCGGAUCGAUUCUCGCCAUCCCCUACCCGGGAGCCGAUGUAUCUGUCUGGUGGGUAUCCAGUUUCGUCCGGGGCGUUCCUGCUCGAGGGGUUGUCUGCGUCGCCUACAGAUACGCUGGGUGCAUCCGGCAUUUUCGAGACGAGUCCAUCAUCUCGGAGACGAUCAUCGGGGUUCGGAUCGGCUGUUAGUAGCAUGGGAAGUAUGUUUUCUCGAUCUCCGCGCGGGAGCAGGUCUUCUUUCCCAUCCUCUGCACCUGAGCCUGGGUUCCUUGCCCAACCAGGCUUCUGCCACACCGUCUCGCCAUCAACACCAGAGCCAGUAGCAGAAUUGCCAGUACCGGAAAUACCAGUGCGGUCACCACAAAGACCCAACCUCCGUCUGAGCCCAGUCGAAGAUGACAACCUCUGGGGAGAACAAUGGAGACGCGAAAUAGCAGAUUCAGACGACGACGAAAUCAGCCAUACAUACCAUCCCCAACUCAAAGACGAACCACCAAACCAUCACCUAUCCCCAGUAACCGCGAACAUAGUAUCAAUGCACCCACGCCGCCAAUCCCUCCCACCCCCAUCAAUAGCCUCAACAGACUCAACCCCCUCAAACCCCUCGACAACCUCAACCUCCUCUCACACAACCCUGUCCCCAGCCCCCUCCUCCCAACCCACCGGCCCAAAAUGGUCCCCAAGCAAAACAAACAACUACCUCGGCUUCUGCAAAGGCGCCUGGAAAGUGCACACAGGCUUCCGCGGCUUCAAAAUCCACACAGAACCUGGAAGUGGCUACUACACGCAGGUGUCCUGGCUGCGCUGCGUGAAAUGCGCCUUUGAAGGUCCCAUGGCUGCCAAGUGCAGUAGCAAUAACCCGCAAUUCGACGAUUCCGUGCGCGUCCAUUCACUCACGGGCAUUCGAUAUCGCUGGGAGUUCCUGGCUAAAUCGCAUGUUCCUUGUAAGCGGGCUUCGGCAUUGUCCUUUUCGCCGGUUGCACCGCGGGGUGCGUUUUGUUGUAUGUUUUGUUGUGUGGAGGUUCGCGGCUCCACUGGUGUUUAUGGGAAUUUGGAUACCUUUAUGGCGCAUUUGGGGGAGGUGCAUCGGUUUGUUGGGGCGGGUGCAUUGGCGCUUUUGCCUACUAGUACUAAGUGUGUUUUUGGGAGGGUUGCGGGGGAUGGGGAGUAUUUUGAUGUUAAUAUUUGUUGA